AUGAAAGCCAUUCACCGGUCUCUUCGAGGCAAUGCCACAAAUUCAAGGCCAAUUAUACACAGCAGUCUGACGUCAGGUCAAACGAGAUUGCCACUACGCCGAACGUACACUCGACCCGCAUUCGCACCGAAGCCCACAAUUGAUAUCAAGCACAUCCGCCAGAACCCAGGACUGUAUGAGCAAAAUUGCAUAGACCGCAACUAUGCCGCACACAGCAAGUCUUCAUGGCGCAUCAUAGAGCUGCACGAGCAAUGGCUCGCGCUCCAGAAAAGCAGUCGAGACCUACGAGAACGCAACAAUCGCAUUCGAGCCAACCUGGCGAGGACGGCAUCGCGCGCUAAAGAUGCGGAGAGCAAAUCAGUAGCUCUGAGGGAAGGAAUCAUUGGCGAAGCAAAGGCGUUGAAGGCCGAGUUGAGCUCCAUCGAAGCACAGGAAUCGCAAAUCCAGGAACAGAUAGAGGGCCUGGCGCAGGACCUGCCCAACCUGAGCAGCACGUACACACCAGUCGGCACUGAGGCUGACGUACUUGGCUAUAUAAACUCGCACCCCCAAAGCGAGUCUUCGAAACAAACUCGCAAGUCGCACGUUGAUAUCGGACAAGAGCUGGGAAUACUCGACUUCUCGGGCUCAGCGCAGACCUCGGGAUGGGGCUGGUACUUUCUCGUGGGGGAUGGUGCAAUGCUGGAACAGGCACUCGUGCAGUAUGCACUGAGUGUUGCUAGAAAGAAAGGAUGGAAGGCAGUUGCUCCGCCCUCCCUGGUGUACUCGCACAUUGCAUCUGCAUGUGGGUUCCAGCCGCGGGAUCAGAACGGAGAGCAGCAAAUCUACGCUAUCGAGCAGUCGGAGAAGGACAAGGCGAAACCGCAGCUAGCGCUUGCCGGCACUGCGGAGAUACCACUGGCUGGCAUGAAGGCCAACCAGACUCUGGAGGAAGCGGAUUUGCCCUUGAAGGCAGUCGGCGUGAGCAGAUGCUACCGUGCUGAAGCUGGCGCCCGCGGAGCCGACACCAAGGGCUUGUACCGUGUUCAUGAGUUUACCAAGGUCGAGAUGUUCGCUUGGACAUGGCCGGAUCACAUGGGAGAUGAUCACUUUACCACACCAACGGCACCAAGCGCAGAAGCAAUUUUUGACGAGAUGCUCUCCAUCCAAAAGGAGAUACUAGAGGCACUCGGACUGCACUGCCGCGUCUUGGAGAUGCCCACAACAGAUCUCGGUGCCAGCGCAACGAGAAAGAUUGAUAUCGAAGCUUUCUUUCCGUCUCGAGAGAAGGACCAAGGAUGGGGUGAAGUGACGUCGUCCUCCAUGUGCACUGACUACCAAAGUCGACGGCUGCAAACUCGCAUGCGUGUCAAGGGGGGCAAGCUAGAGUUCCCAUACACACUAAAUGGAACUGCACUUGCUGUACCCAGAGUACUGGCAGCCAUAUUGGAGAACCACUGGAACGAACAAGACGGCGCGUUGACGAUACCAGAGGUGCUGCGACCCUUCAUGGGCGGGCAGGAGAAGAUACGGGCAUAG